UCCGUCGCGGCCUCGGCGAAUGGCCAGUGGGUCUCUGGCCAGGCCACGCACUAUGGCCCUUUCCCGCAGUUCCCUGCCUGGUCCGAGCCCGGUUUCCAGCCUGGCGCUGUUGGUGUCGGAUGCGCCAGCUCCAGCAACGAUCCCCGCUGGAACGCCAUCCUGAGCGGCGGCUUGCUGCCCAACCCGGACCUGCCCGCCAAUGCGGCUACCGUCUGGCCGGUCGAGUACGUCGUCGCCGUGUCUGAGGCCGUCUACGGCGGCGCCAAGAAGGACCAAUACUGCUUCCAGAAGAUCACCAUCCGCAACAGCAACGACCACAGCAAGCAGAUCACUGCCACGAUCGUGGACUUUUGUCCUGCUGGCAGCUGCCUGUGGUCGGCCAAUGCGCUGGCGCACAACGUCGAUCUCUACGGCGGCGCCGCAUGGCAGGCUCUCGGCGGUGCUACUCUUGACGGCUCCAUCAACAUCGACAUUAUCUGGCCCGGAGGUAUG